CCCCUCUUUGUCUUCCACUCCAACUCCAUCACUCUCUCUCUCAAUGCUAAUUAUUACACACUUAAUAACCUUUUAAUUGUCAUUUCAAAAUGAAAAAAGAUCGUAUUUUUCUUCUUAUGAUGGGGUUCUUUACACCGUAGCUUUUCCAAUUUCCAUAGACAUUUAGAGCAAUAAACCCCUUAUUUAUACUGACUGGAGUAAUGUAAACCCUUGGCUUUCUUGACCCAGUCUCUCUACUUCACUGUUUUUGAAAAAGAAUUAGUUCUUGUGAUACAAAAGAGAGAAAAAGAUAACCCAUAAUCUGAUAAUCAUAAAUCUUGUUUUCAUCUUGAUUCUUGAUUUCUUGGAUAGCGGAUUUACGGCGGCAAUGGAGGACCAUCAGCAGUUCCGGGUUUUGAGACGCCCUUCUAAACUCCCGGCGGGGAUGUCAUCUCCGACAGAUGAUUUGUUUUCGCUUGAGUCGGCUAUUUCUGGGCUGAGCAUUUCACACGGAUUUGACGGGGUCCGCCGCCGGGUUUACCGCGAGACUACGCCGUUGCCAGCCUUGCCGGGUGGUUCUUCAUGGGGUGGUUCUGACAUGGCGGCGGGGUGGGGAUUUGAUCAUCCGCCUUCGGCGGCGCAUCAGGCUCCGGGUCCAUCGGCGGCGCGGAUGGUGGGCCAGAGAGACUUCGGUGAUCUGUUGGGCUAUUGUGGAGCCCAUCAGGAUUUUAAUGCGGGUCCGGAUUGGAGUUGGGCCCGUACAGCUGCCGAGCUUAGCACUGACCCUAAUCUCAAUGCCGCCGCCGCCGCCGCCGCCCUUUCGUGGCCAGGUUUCUGCGGCGGAGAAGAGUCAUCCAUGUUCGAAAAUGGCGGGAUUUUUGACCCUUUCUUGCUCUGCAAGAAACCCCAGCACAGUACCCUCAACCCCAAACUCCAACUCCUCAAUACAUCUUCCGGAAACCCCAUUUCUAACCAUUUCAUCCAGAAAAAUCCUGAAAUCCAUCUAUGGAACCCGAAACUGGCAAGACUGAAUGUGGACGAGAUCAGAGGGAAGAUACUCGCUUUUGCAAGCGACCCAGUGGGUUGCAGGACCUUACAACACAAUCUAAGCUUCUGGACAAAGGAAGAAAUUGAGGUUAUCUUGGGCGAGCUUUUAGAUAUCGCGGGUUAUCUGAUCAAGAACCCUUCCGGCAGUUACCUGAUUCAAAAGCUUUUCUCGAUUUGCUCUCAAGAACAGAGACUUCGGGUCCUAUUGACUUUAACGGAGACGCCAUUUGAGCUGAUCUACAUUUGCCUCAAUUCCAUUGGGACUCGGGCUAUGCAGAAGAUGUUGGAAGAGAUGAGUUCAACACAAGAAAGAUCCUUAGUGAUGAAUGCUUUACGUCAGGGCGCUGUGAGGUUGGCCUGCGACACAUAUGGCCACCUUGUCAUUUCUUAUUGCCUCACUAACUUCUCAUUCGAAUUCAACGAGGGCAUAAUCAAGGAAAUUACUGAAAAAUGCUUCCAAGUGGCAACCCACAUUAGAGGGUGCCGAAUGCUGCAAUUAUGCGUGGAGAAUGCUCGUGGAGAAGCCAGAAACCGUCUGGUAUUUGAGAUUUUAGCGAAUGCUGCCAUGCUUUCAGAAGAUCCCUAUGGCAACUAUGUGGUCCAGCAUCUUUUAGAGCAGAACAUACCCAAAGUUGAAGAUUCACUUUUCAGAGUUCUUGAAGGGAGGUUUGCACCCCUUUGCUGUAACAAAUACUCCAGCAAUGUGGUUGAGAAGUUCUUUCUCAAAUAUGGAGAAAACUCUGCUAAAGUUCUAAGGGAAUUGAUCAAAAGCCCAAUGGCCCCUAGGCUUCUCGUGGAUCCUUUUGCUAACUAUGUCAUCCAGAAAGCACUCAAUGUCGCAACCGGGCAUUGGUCAGUUGCGCUUAUGGAUCUAAUCAGAAUGAAUGCUUCAACCAUGCAAAGUAAUAAGCAUGGGAGAAAGAUCCUUUCUUGGAUUGACAGUAGGAAAGUCCAUUCUUUGUACAUGUGAUGUGACUGACUUACCUGUCUGUACCUUUGCCUUUUGGUUUACUACUAUCUGUUGUUGUUUUUUUGCGUCUAUAGGAAAAUGCAUGGAGAAAAGGGGGGCGUGCAAAAGGGUCAUAAAUCUUUUGUUUGUGCUUAGAUUGUAACACGUACUGUUAAUUAACGUUCGAGAUCCUCCGGCCUAUAAACCCCUGUUGUUUUUACAGUAUAUAGAUACUGUAUUAUUAUACGGCCUGUAAUAGAAGUGUCUCUAAUGUCUCUUGUAAAACUUACCUUACCAGCCAUUUAUUACUGUUUAUUUUUGCUGGCUUUUGAAAAGGAGUAAAGGAGAAGAUUACUGCUUUAUUUUGGUCUGAG